UCUGAAUGUACACUGCGUUCUUGUUACCGUCGAGCCGUACACAAGGAUAGUCGAGGGUCAAGUCCUCCCCCUCCCCCCCUCUACACGCUAAACGAGCGAAAGGUCGGCUCUCGCUUCCGGGAGCUCAAUAGCAGCAGCAGCCAGGGAGGAAGAGAGAGAGAGAGUACAGGAGAGUGCCUCCGUCCAAACCUCUUUUCACCUCGAUCCCUUCACUUGCUCUCUAUCAAUGGACAUCAACAUCAAUACCAACCAUCUCAACCAUACCUGCUCGUUCUGACAAUCCGUCAUAGUGUCUGUCAAGGUGCCAACCUUUCCGCGUCUUGGGGUAUCGUGCCAUGGUCCCGGAUCGGAUCGGUUCGACCUCGAACACCGUCGACCACAACAACAAUCCGGAUCACAAGACCGUUCGACAACGUGGCGUCGACCUCGAGUCCUCUGAUAUGAACGAGGAUUCAGUAAUAGCAGAGGUUAGAGGAGCUUUAUCUGAGCCUGUCGAGCUGGACAUGGAUCGCACAAACGGGGUCUCGGCGAUACGCUCUGUUACGGAGAAUUCAACCAGGACGGGUAGUGACCAGCUAGGACCCAACGUGUCAAGUUCAGCAAACGACACAAUAAUGGGCAAGAGAGAUCUAUCAAAUCUGGCCAGUCGUGGGUUAGAUCAGGAAAUAGAUAUACUUGAAAGCCUCGGGUCAUCGACCAGUGUAGCUCAAGUUUCACCGAGCUCAAGAAGGGUGAACGCGGGUGGAAUGCACUCUGACGAUCCUCUGGCGCCUCCUAUCGACCUGGCGGACACCCCACCACCUGCUCAGCCAUCUUUCGACAUCGACCCUCGAUAUUCGAUGCGGGCCGAGACUCCUACUAGACCAUCUACGAGUGAUAGGAUGAGGUUGCCUACACAACCGGUAGUGAUUUCUGGGUUCAGUCCUCGACAGAUGACCGAUCUCGACGAUCGGGACAUAUUACCGAGCCCUAGACAAUUACCGAGAAGGUCUUCCCUCGCCCAAUCACUUCGUCUACAUUCUCUUCCCGUACCGCCUUUCCCAGACUCGCUAAGAGCAAACGGACAUUACGAUCCAUGCGAUCCGGCCAUGGUGACCCCACCUAUCGUGGACGAUUCGGACCAUUCACACCUCUAUAAUAAUCGACCUCAGGUCAACUCGGCGCCUCCUUCUCCGGCUGCCAGCACGGUACUCCACCCCUCUGCUUAUAUACAUACCCAUCACCCUAGAAGAGGCAGCUUGACCCCGCUGAACCUGAACACCAUCUCGCCCGUACCUCCUCCACCAACGGUGCAGGCUUCCGUCAGGAGGGCGUCUCAUGCGGCCAGUGCUGAUGGUUGGACCUUGCCGGGAGGCUUGGGUGUCAGGAGAAAGAGCUUGUCUCCGACGAUGCCCACGUUGGCGACCGUGAGCCCGAGCAAGAUCGCAGCGAGCGGUUCGCUAAGCGGGAGCGGGAGGAAGACGGCCACCUGGUCGACGGCGUCUUCAGGACCUGGAGGACGGCUAGUCUCACCUGAACGACGUCGAGGUAGUCUGAGACCGUUGACAGCAGGAGACGGGAGCGUCCGAACCUUCAAGCCGCCGGCUUCCGGGCUGGGCGCCAGGAGAGCCAGUCAACCGACGACGAACGAGCUGGCGCAGUACAACUCGACCGAGAUUAGUACCAUGGGAGCGGGUCUGGUCGUGCCACUCCACGCCGAUGAUUAUCCUCUGACAUAUACGACCGGGCAAGCACUGGUGCCCGGAGGACUUGGUGCAGGGAUCCGACAAGACUUCAAGUUCGGCGCUCCCAGCUCUUCUCCUAUCGCCAGCGGGAGCCGACCGAGGUCCCGCAGUCGAUCUAGCUCAAACGAAUCCAAAUCUAGUCCGUCGAACAGGACCACUGGUAGUACUAGGUUCAGCGAUGGCGAUUCGAUCGAGGCCGAGCGACAAAGGAUUGCGUUUCUCAAUUCGAACUUUGCGCGAGAUCCGCGGGGAAGUGGGGUCUCGAUCGGCAAUAGCCAACAGGGGCCGACACUAGGCCGGUCACCCGUUGGCAUUAGAAGAGCGUCGGCCAUGAAGACAUCGGCUGAAUCCGCUACCGUCUUGAUGGGGAACGAGGGGUUCAGGCGGGGAAGCCUCGGAUUGCCCGGGUAUGAAGAUAUGUCGCCGCCAAAUCCUUCACAAUCGAGUCCAUCGAAAUCACCGAGACUCUAUAUGAGCAAGGUGGCGAACAUGUAUCCGGACGGUCGUCGAGGUAGUAAUCCGAUCGAUAUACCGAAGAAGAAAAAGACGGACCGGGACGUAGAGGACGAAGAUGAUCGGAAUGACAGUUUGGGCGAGCUAUCCAAAUCGACAGAGCUCGCACAAACUCCCCCAAAUACGUCUGGGGUGGUGGGGAAUGCGCAGCCUCGCAAAACGUCCCCCUUGGCUCGACCUCUGCCACCAUUACUGCCACUCUCGGAUCCUGGACCUAGACUGCUACCAUCGACUCUUGCUCUCCAUCGAGCGAACCAUCUGCUGCAAUCGAAGAACUUGGCUAGCGAGCCGAUGCCACAUCCGUUACCUGCUUCUCUGCAUCCACCUCCACCGGUCGACGUCUCGGACUUUGAUAUCGACUUUAUCCUCGCUGGCGCAGCUGCACCGACAACACCAGCGAUUCCACUUCACGGCGCCGAAGCAGCGGACUCGCAGAAUCUUCAAGCCAAAUCAACACUGAAACUGGGGCCUGGAGGUGAUGAUGAGGACACAUUUGCCAAGUUUGUCGGGGCCUUCGACGAGGAGUAUGAUGAUAGGCGAGAUGAGUGGACGUUCAAGGUCUGUUCUCCGGCCUCGCGAGCCACCAAACCGUCGACCGAUCCUGCUCCUGCCGCCGACGGCAGUGUCGAGUGGGAAGCUCAGCGAGCUGGGCGGUACGUCAUUUCGGCGGGUGGCGAUGUCACCUCGAAACAUACAGGACGAACUUGGCGAGUGGUUCGUGGUGUGGGACGAGAAUUCGAAAUUGAAAACCUGCCGAUCGUGCCCGAGGAAGGUCCUGCGCCCGCUUUUGGACAUCUACCGGGAAGUCCCAUCGUCUUUGUUCUCGCUCCGAAGACGAUUCAUAACGAGCUCGGAGGGGUCAAGAUGGCUCGGAAGCGACCGAACGCGCCCACAAUACAAACCAUGAGCUCGGGUUCUGAAGACGCUCAUGGUCCUACCGUUCCAAAGCAGCAGGCUACCCUAGCGGCUCUGAGCGAUCGCUACGGAUCGGACGAGAGCGCUCGAUCGUCACCGAUGCCCAACCGCGGACGCAAUGAACGAGCACCGGCGUUCCUAUCAUCACGGAGAAGUUCCAAGAGUCAGGAACCGACUCCGGCCUCCGCGUUGAGCCAGAUGACACACAACAUGCUGUCCGGCAACCACGGCGAUAGUUCGAAGCGGGAGAAGAAGGACAAGGUGUCGAUUGGAGACAAGAUCAAGAGAACGUGGAAGUCCGGCUUCAGUGUAGGCUCCCCGUCGUUCAUGGACGAUCUGAGGGAGCGCAAAGAGGAAAAGAAACAGCGCCAGCGGGAAAAACAGCAGAGUCAUUCCUGGAGCGGAUCGUCUAGCCAAAGCAGCGCCUGGACUUCAGUUGGCCAGAGUAGCGGCUCUUCGGGACAGAUAUCAUCGCACUCACGCGAUCAUGCGGUUGGGGUCAGUACCGAACCGAGAUAUCAGCCGCCUUGGAUGACAAGCGGUGGCAGAGGUCCUGCCGACCGUGGCAUUCGGUCAAGCGAGUUAAGGGCCGAAGGUUCGGCAACUCCCCCGGUCACUUCCCAGGAAGACGCCCCGGCAGCCAUGUCUUUCAAAGAGGGUAAAGCUUGGGAAGCGGUACCGGAAGACGCCAUGGCCAUGGUCAUCCCCUUGUGCAAACCCACCACUGAUGCAGCCGGAGUCGAGACGCACCCUUGUGCCAGCGCAUUGCGUACCAACUCGUUCUUCGACAACGCUCCUCCUGAGUCCUUGCUGAUAUAUUUCGUGCCAUUCACGUCGAGCCAAGGCGGAGGAGACCGACCGUCGGAAGCUGCACGGAGGGCCUCCAUGGGUCAGCGGCUUCGACGGGCUCGUUCGAGAGAACAGAUGAACGGUGGACGUCCCGGUGCAACAGACUUUGCUACCGAGGUGACCCCCGUCCAGCUCGUCCCGCUGCCAUUCCGCUCGUUCCGUAUUGUGGCGCGGGUUGUGGGCCCGGACGAUUUGCGAUCCGAACCCAUGCUGGCGGAAUGGCCGACUGGCGAGGCAGGCAACGCUUCCGAGUCGGCGCUUCUAGAGGACGAAGCUAUUGCAGCCGAUUCGUCUGGGACUCGAUUUCCUACGGUCAUUGCCGUCUGUCAUUCGCGCGGCCAAGGUGUCGAAUUCGUCUUGGAAGGACUGGAUCGUCUGGGUUUAUGCGAAGGACGCUCGGCAUGGGGACCGACCGGCUACGAAGAGUGGAGAGGUAGUGGACUCAGUAGGACGGGCAGGGAGAUUCUCGACGUGCUGUGGACGGCAUGCGUGGCUAUAUUGGGUCUGACAACGAAACCGACAUGACAUUCUUUUGUAAAAUAGUUUCGAAAUCGCUUGCGACAUGACAUAGACCGAGCGACAAGACGUAAACCAGGCACACAGGCCAGGGUUUAUACGUAUGGUUUAUAACGAUUCUCUACCUUUCUGA